UUGCCACUGUGUAAUUGUUUAUUAGAACGUAAUAGAAUCGGAUAAGCAGAAAGUUGGGAUAUGAACGAAUCUGUGCGUUUUGAACGCGGCCAAAUACAAUUGGGAGUGCUAUCAAAGUCCCAAGAAGGCGUAGGAGGCAUGGUGGCAUCGUCGUCAUCGUCAACAGAAGAGCAGCCGCCGCAAGGCGCUGGUCAUCUCGUUUUCACCCACGAUGGUGUCCUACUAAAAAAGGCCAGCGCCGAGCAUAUCACGGAGCUGAAUACCAGUGGAUCACUUUCUUUGGUGGAAUAUAAAACAAUCAAUACAGAAGUGCCACGACGUCGUCUCUUUCUGGAAUGGCAGCCAAAUGAUAGCAUCAUGAUUGCCGACGAUAGUCAGGAUCAGGGUGAUUGGGCACUAGUCGAUAGAAUAUCGGGAAGAACUCGCACCAUCUCCGAGUGCCGUGUAUUUAAUACGAAACCCAGUGAGACAAGCAAUGGAGGUGGCGGAGUCGGCAGUGGCCAAGGGCCUGGGCGUGCAAAGAGUAUGCGUGUCCAGUUGGAGGAUUUGGCUAAAGUCGAGGUGCGCCAUCGGGGCCAAACAAUACGUUUCUUGCGUAAAUCCGAUGGCGGCAUACACAGUGAAUUCUUUUUCCAACAUGGCAAUGCCGAUCUCUUUGUCCGCUCCAUGCGAGACCAGCACUGCAUUGAUAGUUCCGAUUCAGGACGCGGCGGUGGAGAGGAAUACACCAUACUGACCACCGAAACGCAGAGGCUUAAGAAAACCUUCGCCGAACUGGACAUUGGUGAGAUCAAGUCCAGUCAAUUACCCCGUGAGAGCUGGCUACCUAAUAAACUGGCCGGCUUCUUGGGCAAUAUACCAGAUUAUGUUCAGCCGCCGUUCCAACGUUCACCCAAAUCUCGACCCAGCACUUUAUUAACCGGUGAUCGUCAAACGUCACCUGAUAACUACCAGAUUAUAGGACUGAGUGGCAGUACCAAUAGUGCCUGUUCCUCCAAUGGCCAAAGUCGGGGCGAGAGUGCUGAUAAAUCUCCAGCUGACAGCGAGCUAGAGAACCUAAAUGCUCAAGAUGAGAAAAUAGUUAACAAUUUACCCGAUCGUCAGAGGGUCCAAAGAGGCCUGCCGCUUUCUUUAACCCAAUGGCUGGAGUUUCAGACACCAGAAGGUCGCAUUUCGGAUAGUGAUCGAAUCAAGGAGCUGAUUUUUCGUGGCGGCAUCACUGAGAAUUUACGUUGUGAGGUUUGGAAAUAUUUGCUAAACUACUAUCACUGGUCGGACAGUCAAGUGGAAAGGAUUGAGCGUAGAAAACAAAAAUCAAUGGAAUACUAUAACAUGAAAGCCCAAUGGCUGGCCAUGACUCCCAUACAAGAAGCAAAUUUUGUUGGCUACAGGGAUCGCAAGUGCCAAAUCGAAAAGGAUGUGAAGCGAACUGAUCGUUCACAGAAAUUCUAUGCCGGCGAGGAUAAUCCUAAUAUAGCCCUAUUGCAGGGCAUUCUUAUGACCUAUGUGAUGUAUAACUUUGAUUUGGGCUAUGUCCAGGGCAUGUCCGAUUUAUUGGCACCAAUUCUGGAAAUACAAGUUAAUGAGGUGGAUGCAUUUUGGUGUUUUGUAGGCUUCAUGAAUUUGGUUUUCACCAAUUUCGAUAUGGAUCAAGCUGGCAUGAAAACACAAUUCGCUCAACUUCGGCGACUUAUUGAGUUUGCCAAUGCUCCACUGUUUGGGUAUAUGCGUACCCACGAUUCGGAUAACAUGUACUUCUGUUUCCGUUGGCUUCUUGUCUGGUAUAAGCGGGAGCUAAGCAACGAGGAUGUGCUUAAAUUGUGGGAAUGCCUAUGGACACGCCUGCCUUGCCCAAAUUUCCAUUUACUCUUCUCGGUUGCAAUUUUGGAUCAGGAGACAAACACAAUUAUCGAUAGCAAAUAUGAGUUUACCGAAAUAUUGAAACAUGUCAAUGAAUUGUCGGGAAACAUCGAUGUUCAACGCACUUUAGAAAUAGCCGAGGCAAUCUAUUUGCAGCUAAAAGCAUCCGAGACUCUGCCCAAUGAUAUACGUCAGAUAAUUGGAGAACCCUUGCUGCCACCUCUAGAUGGUGAGGGUAUCGCAGAUGAUGAGGAACAGGAGACUGCCUAUUCUGAUGAUGGGUUUGAUGAGCUGGUGCGUGAACUCACACCAGAGGAGAAAUCGAGACAGCAAGCGCUGUUAGAGGAAGCCUGUGAGCGUUCUUUAUUCCUGCAAUAUAUCUAAAUCGGUUAUUGGAAUUGAUAUUGGAACAACGAAGCCAAAACGCCCUAGGCAAAAAAUGCAUGCGCAAAUUAUUUAGCCUUUAAGACUCAAAGUUUACCAAUCAAAGUGAAGUGCUUUAAUUGCUGAUACACACACACACACAGAUUCAAAUUUAUAUAUACAUAUAUAUUGAAUAUUAUACAUAUAUUUGUACUUUUUGUAUUUAUUGUAAGUUUAUUCCCCAACCCACCUCCUCCUUUGCUCCUUAUCUUCAUCCCCAGAACUUUUCAUGUAUUGGCUAGAGCAAUUAAUCCAUUUAAGUGUACCAAAACAAACAAAAACGUUUCAAUUAUGUAUCGGAAUUAUUAUCAGCAAAAAAAAAAAAGAAACAAAAAUUUUAUAUAUCAAUUAAGAUUAGGUCUUGUAUGUCGAAUUCAAUUGGAGACACAAACAAAAAAACGCAAAUUACUUUCUGUUUUUUUAUCGUAAUUCAACGUGCAGCUUUUUGUUGCCUUUUUCUAAGUUUACUCAAUUACUGUGAAUAUAUAUAUACAUAUAUCAUACAUGCAUAAACACAAAAAUAAUAUAUACCAUUUCAAUUGCGUAGUAAAGAGCGCUAAAUUGUCCAUGCAAACAUAUAA